AUGGCAGACCACGCCCUCGGUUCCCGUGCUGAGGCCGCAGAAAAGGCUUCGACCGUUCGAACCGAAUUGAAGGCCUGGGAAAAAGAGUUCGCCGCGGCGAACGGUGGGCGCAAGGCCGGCCGUGAGGAUAUCAAGCAGAACGAGUACAUCGCUGCCAAAUACAAGGAGUACGGCCAGCUCAAAAACCUCGAAGCCAAGCUCAAUCGACGCGAAAACAGACAGACCGAACCGCCCAAUUCACACUUCAAAAAGCGAAAGCAUGCCUCUUCAACAGGUCCAGCAGAUGCGCCGCCGAAUUCAGCCACGCCGCGCAAAUCGGCCAAGGGUCUUUUCGCAACCCCAUCUCAGAAACGCACUGAGAGGAUUCAUCCUUCCAACCUAGACCCCUACGACUCGCCAUCUACCUUUCGCAAAUUGUUCAGUCCGAGCACACAUAAGCAAAGCAUGCCAGCACCUUCACCUCUGAAGACUGCGAUUGGUCCUACCCCUCAACGCGAUGGCAAGACCCUUGGCCUGUUCGAUUUCCUGUCCGAGUCGGGUGGCAGCCAAGCGACUCCAUCGGCGAAGAGACAAGGCGAAACUUUAGAAGCAGGGUUCCGAACACCCUCGAAACCCAAGACGUUCAACCCGUUGAAGGAAGUACCGGAAGAGGAAGAGGAAGAAUCAGCUCGGGUCACGAGAACACCGGCAUCCUCAACAAAGCAGUUUUAUCUUGCGAACCUCUUUGCGACUCCAACGACCAUGCGCUAUGCAGCUAUGGUAGAAGCAGAUGAUGAAAAAGAGGCGCAGGGAAACUCGCAUCCAAGCCACACAGAAGCGUCCCCAGAAACCAACCAUUCAGCGACCCCAACUUUCUUGCGCCGAUCGAAUUCCGGACGAUAUCCCGCAGCUACGAACAACGAUGGUUCCGGGCUCAGCCCUAUGAAAUCUCGCCAACCCGGUCGGUUCCAUGGCAAGGGACUGUCAACCAUUGUGCAGAGCCUCCGUGAUAUGGAAGAGGAGCGAAUGGACGAUGAUUGGGACGUAAUGCGCGAAAUGGAGGCCGAGGAGGAAGGCUUUGGCUACCCAAUACCAGAGAGUCAGCCCGCUCCGGAAGAGGGCCAACGACCGUACAAGAAGAAGGGCCAAAAGCGAACAACUCGACGUGUCAUUAUGCGGCCAGUAACUCGGCAACCAAAAUCGCGGCAAGAAUCAGAGAAGAGUACCGCUCCACAGGAGAGUGACGACGAACUCACGACUGCUGUUCCGGAAACACAGGUUCAAGCCGCGCCUGAAGAUAUCCCCGACGAAGUUCUGGAGAAGGGCCUUGAAAGCGAUGAUGCUGCCUCGUUGCAUACUAUGUCUGAACCAGAGUCAGAAGACGACGAGCCCGAUGUGGACUCAGACGGCGAUCCUGAAUACGGCGAGAAACCAAAGCCUAUGGCAAAACCAAAGAGCUUUUCGGAUCGCCUUAAGGAGGCGGUUUCCAAAGUCAAGCCAAAGGCGGAAGGGCCUCCUCCUGCGGAGCCUGCGAAGGCUCUCGUGCAGAAGGAAGAGAAGAAGCCCAAGGAGCGAAAAGUCAACCCUCAGUCCCAUGCCAACUACCGGUCAUUGAAGAUUGGUAACCGAAGUUCACGGGGUCGUGGGCGUUUUCGGGGUCGAAGGUAA